GGCAGAGUUUUCGGGGAGUUGCUGGACAGCCAUUGCAGUGUCGUGGCUCAGUAACAAAACACGAAGGAGGAGAGAAGGACCUGGCAUUUUGCAGGGUCUCUGGUUGGUUUGAGCAAGUGACCAAUUUACAUGAGUAUUAGAGCGAACAUACUUAUUAUAUUAAUCUACACCUAGAUAACGGGAUUCAACAGCUCCGGAUAUGUCAUUCCUAUUGGAGUGGAUUUCUAGCGGUUUCAAUAGCGUACUACAGUUUUUAGGACUGUAUAAGAAAUCCGGCAAGUUAGUAUUUCUUGGCCUGGACAAUGCUGGCAAAACGACGCUACUGCACAUGCUCAAAGAUGACAGAUUGGGACAGCAUGUGCCAACUUUACACCCAACCUCAGAAGAGCUGACGAUUGCUGGUAUGACUUUCACCACCUUUGACCUUGGAGGCCACGCACAAGCCCGCAGGGUGUGGAAAAACUACCUCCCUGCCAUCAAUGGCAUUGUCUUCCUUGUGGAUUGUGCAGACCUCGGGAGAUUGGGUGAAUCGAAAGCAGAACUUGAUGCAUUAAUGACAGAUGAGACCAUCGGAAAUGUGCCUAUUCUGAUCCUGGGCAACAAGAUUGACAGGCCAGAAGCCAUCAGCGAGGAGAGGCUGAGGGAAAUCUUCGGAUUGUACGGACAGACGACAGGAAAGGGCAACGUUCCCUUGAAGGAGCUGAACACAAGACCACUGGAGGUGUUCAUGUGCAGUGUGUUGAAGAGGCAGGGCUACGGCGAGGGCUUCCGCUGGCUCUCCCAGUACAUCGACUAAAGAAGCCAACCCCCGUGACACGCUGACACCACCACCACCACGAUUAUCAGGGCGAGCGCUAAAUCCAACCAUUCGAGUCGCCCACCGUUGCCACCAGUACCAUCAUGCUCAGCCCCACGUUCGGUUAAUCAAGUCUACAUCCACCUUCAGAGAAACCAGUACAACUUGAUCCCAAUAGACUUUUAUUGGUCGAACAUUUGGUUCUGCACUUACAGCAUUCAUACCUGUACAUGAACACAGUUGUUUCCAUCUCUCGCUUUUUUUUUUUUUCUUCCCCUCUCUUUGAAAGAGUAACAUAGCAUUGGUUCCACAGCAAAGGGUGUUCAAAUUCAAGCGGAUGAAUCUUUUCUAUGUUGUCUGUCCUUUGCUGCCCCUUUCUCCCUCGCUCCCUGCGAUCUGUUGAUAAUGAUGAUAGAUGCAUUAUAAGUGUAAAACUGUACAUGAUUCCAUUUAUAUAAUCAACAAUCCAAUGCCUCUCACCCACCCCCUCUUCAACAACAUGUUAAACAAUGAGAGAGAGCAACAUAGUUGUAUACAUUGCAGUACACUUUUUUAACAGUAAAGACAUUCAACAUCGUAUUUAA